AUGGGGAAGAACGAACCUGCAGGAGGCAGUGGUAAAGACGGGAAAGCUGCGGAAGGCGGCAACGGUAACAUGGUGCAUGCGGAAGGCGGUGCCAAAGAGAUGAUGGUGGUCGAUAAGGCGAUGGUGUCGACCUUGUCUCCACUCUAUCUCCAUCCAUCGGAUGGACCAGGGAAUUUGAUUACAACGGUGCAGCUCAAAGGAGCAAACUAUGAAGAUUGGGCUAAGCAUGUGCGGAAUGCCUUGCGUACCAAGCGGAAGCUAGGGUUUGUUGAUGGUACUUUAACGAAGCCGACGACGGUCGAAGAGAUUGAACAAUGGGAUGUAGUUAACUCCAUGUUGGUGGCGUGGAUUAUGAAUACAAUCGAGCCAACUUUAAGGGAGUCGAUCACGAUGACAGAAGAAGCAUGUGAACUGUGGGAAGACUUGAAGAUGCAGUUCUCAGCAGGGAACGGACCACGCAUAAGUGAACUCCGAGCUGAAAUUGCGAAUUGUAGACAGAACGGUGAUUCUGUUACGGUGUAUUUCGGGAAACUGAAAAAGAUGUGGGAUGAGCUUGCGAUCUACAAACCAAUCAGAACAUGCUCAUGUGGAGAACUUAAAGCCCAAUUAGAAGAAGAUCGUGAGGAAGAAAGGACAAACACGUUCUUGACUGGUUUGAAUGCAGAGAGGUUUGCUGUUGUUCGCUCUACAAUUCAAAGCAUAGAGCCAUUACCUAAACUCUCUCAAGUGUAUCAACGCAUUGUGCGUGAGGAGAGACAACAAUCUAUGACAAGGAGCAAAGAUGUACCAGCUGAAGUUGUGGGUUUCUCAGCGAAUGCAUACAAGGGUAAUUCUUCUCAAUAUCAACAACGUGAGAAGGACGUGACUUGUACUCAUUGCGGCAAGUAUGGUCAUGCACAAGCAGACUGCUUUCAGCUCAAAGGUUAUCCAGAAUGGUGGGGAGAACGAGGACGUGAUUUUACUGAAAGAGGUAGAGGCGGAGGCACUCGAGGGAGAUUUGGAAGAGGUGGUGGUGUUGCUGGACGAUCAGGUCGUGGUAGAGGAACAAGCACAAGUGUUGUUGGACGUGGGUAUGCAGCACAAGUGCAAAACCAAGAAGGUGUACAAGCAAACCUUGUGAGACAAGAAAAGGACUACGACAGAGCAUCUCUUCCUCAGCUGAGUGAUGAGCAAUGGACCUCACUCUUGAGUUUUCUUUCCUCUAAGAAACAGGAAACCAAUGAAAAGCUUAAUGGUAAGGCAGAAAGUGGAGAAUUUAUCAUUGAUACAGGUGCAUCACACCACAUGACAUGGGAUAUUGAUCUUUUGAGUAAUGUUACAAAUAUUCCUGCUUGUCCUAUUGGUUUGCCUGAUGGUGAUACAGCAGUUGCUACAAAACAAGGAGACUUAUGUUUAGGAGGAGAUUUGUGGCUUAGAGGAGUUUUAUACUCAAAAGAUCUUACAUGCUCAUUGAUCUCUGUUGCGAAAGUGCUUAAAGUUAUCAAGGGAUCAAUAACAUUUACUGAUGAGUUGUGUGUUUUACAGGACCGUACCUCGAAGAUGCUGAUUGGAGCGGGUGAAGAGAGAGGGGGAGUCUACGUUUUCAGAGGCGUGAUGGGUGCAAGGGUGAAUAAGGCUUUGAGUCCUGGUUCGUGUGACUUAUGGCAUCGUCGUCUUGGCCAUCCUUCAAGCCGUGUGUUAUCUUAUUUACCUAGUAGUUUGGAUGUUGGAAAAUCUGUUGAAUCUAAAUCUACUUGUGAGAUUUGUUUAAGGGCUAAACAAACCCGAGAUUCUUUUCAUGAAAGUUCGAAUAAAGCUAUUGGUGUUUUUGAUUUGAUUCAUUGUGAUGUGUGGGGUGCUUAUCGAACUCUCUCAUCAUCGGGUGCAGCUUAUUUUCUUACCAUUGUGGAUGAUCACUCUAGAGCAGUUUGGGUUUAUUUGUUACAAGAGAAGAAAGAGGUCGCAGAAACCUUAAAGAAUUUCUUUAAAAUGGUGGAAAGACAAUUCAACAAAAAGGUGCGUGUAGUGAGAAGUGACAAUGGUGGAGAGUUUAUGAGUAUGAAGUCUUAUUUUACUAUGGAAGGAAUUUUGCAUCAAACUAGUUGUGUAUACACGCCACAACAAAAUGGCCGAGUUGAAAGGAAGCAUAGGCAUAUUUUGAAUGUUGCUCGAUCAUUGAUGUUCCAAGCAAGUUUUCCGAUACGAUUUUGGGGAGAAUGUGUUUUGACAGCGUGUCAUCUCAUAAACCGUACUCCAUCUCCACUGCUUGAUGGCAAGAGUCCUUUUGAGAUAUUACAUGGAGUAGCUCCAAACUAUUCUACUCUCAAGGUAUUUGGUAGCUUGUGCUAUGCUAGAAAGGUACAAAGAGAUACAGAUAAAUUUGGUGAAAGAAGUCGUCGUUGUGUUUUUAUGGGAUAUCCAUUUGGUCAAAAAGGUUGGCGAGUGUGGGAUAUAGAGAAAGAAGAAUUCUUUGUUUCACGAGAUGUUGUUUUUGAGGAGAAAGAAUUUCCAUUUGUAUCUGGUCCAAAACAAAGUGUUGUUUCUAUACCGAUGAUACAACAACGAGAGGUUGUUGAUGAUAAUGAUUUUCUGGAAUUAAGAGAGGAGUUGAAUGUAACGACGUCCAACGAAAGGGGGAGUGAAAACGUUAAUGAAGAAGAAGCUGUGGUGGAAGAAGAAGCUGUGGUUGAAGACCAGGUUAUCGAAACAGCUCCAUUAAGGAGAAGUAACAGAGAACGCACACAAUCAUCUCGUCUUGAUGGUUUUGUUCUUUACACUACACAAUGCCGAAACGACCCCGACUCUCUCUCUUCUCACUUGUCUCCACCAGCGUCAUCGAACUCAGGUAUGGUUCAGUAUCCUAUCUCAAACUAUGUAAAUUGUGAUCGUUUCUCACCGUCACACAGAGCUUUCCUCGCGGCGAUUACUGCUGAAAGUGAACCUUCCUCGUUUCGGGAAGCUAUGAAAGAUAAGCGUUGGAGAAAAGCUGUCUCAGGUGAAGUCACAGCUCUGGAGGAUAGUGGAACAUGGGAUAUCACUGAUUUGCCGCCUGGUAAAAAGGCUAUUGGCUGCCACUGGAUAUUCACAAUUAAGUAUCUCUCAACCGGAAUCGUUGAACGUUACAAGGCAAGAUUAGUAGCAUCGGGAAAUCGUCAAGAAGAAGGAGUCGAUUAUGAUGAAACUUUUGCUCCUGUUGUCAAGAUGACUACAGUAAGAAUGUUUCUUAAAGUCUCAGCGGUGAAAGGAUGGGAGGUUCAUCAAAUGGAUGUGCAUAAUGCAUUUUUGCAUGGUGAUCUUCUUGAGGAGGUUUACAUGAAACUACCUCCCGGCUUUGAAUGUUCUGACAAAUCGAAAGUGUGUAAACUAAAGAAGUCUUUAUAUGGGCUUCGUCAAGCUCCACGGUGUUGGUUUUCUAAACUAACUACAGCUCUCAAAGGGUAUGGAUUCAUUCAAAACGUUUCCGAUUAUUCUUUGUUUACCCUUACUCGUGGAACUAUGAGACUUUAUGUUCUCAUUUAUGUGGAUGACUUGUUGAUUGGAGGGAAUGAUCCAGAGGCUAUUAUCAAGUUCAAAGGCUACUUGAGUCAAUGCUUUAAGAUGAAAGAUUUGGGAUUGGUGAAAUACUUUCUUGGUAUUGAAGUCUCACGCUCACCGGAGGGGAUUUAUUUGUCCCAAAGGAAGUAUGCUAUGGACAUUGUCAAAGAGUGUGGUUUGUUGGGUUGUCAGCCAGUCACAACUCCAAUGGUACAAAACCAUAAUUUAGCUAAAGAUGAGGGUGACUACUACAAUGACCCACUUCGCUAUCGAAGAUUGGUUGGUCGACUGGUUUAUCUUACUCAUACACGUCCAGAGUUGUCUUAUGCGGUGCAUAUGUUGGCACAAUUUAUGAAAAAUCCUCGUAUUAAACAUUGGGAAGCAGCUGUACGAGUGGUUCGUUAUCUUAAAGGCUCUCCGGGACAAGGCAUUAUGUUGAGUUCGAAUAAUGACUUGCAGAUCAAGGCAUAUUGUGAUUCUGAUUACAACGCAUGUCCUAUGACGCGUCGUUCUCUCACUGGUUUUAUGGUGUUGUUAGGCGAUUCUCCUAUUGCUUGGAAGACAAAGAAACAAGACACGGUCUCGUUUUCAUCGGCGGAGGCGGAGUAUCGCGCGAUGGGUUUCACUACUCGGGAAAUCAAGUGGAACCGUGAGUUGUUGGCAUGCUUUGGUAUCUCUCAUCCACAGGCUAUGCAUCUCUUUUGUGAUAACAAAGCAGCGUUACACAUUGCUGCUAAUCCGGUGUUCCAUGAACGAACAAAGCAUAUCGAGAGAGAUUGUCACUUUAUUCGUGAUGAGAUUAUCAAAGGCUCACUUGCUACUUCUCAUGUUCGUACCAAUGAGCAACUGGCCGAUAUCUUUACCAAGGCCUUGGGCUUUCCCCAGUUCUCAUAUCUUAGACGCAAGUUGGGCAUUCGAGACUUACAUGCUCCAACUUGA